AUGUCAGACACGAAAUACAAGGAUGAAUUGUCGACAGCUUUCCCUGGUGCUCGACCACACCUGCAGCAACUUGAACAACGCUCGAGUGGAAAGACGUUCAAAGUGUUGCUGGCGGCCGUAGUUUUGUCAAUCGCGAGUCUCUACUGUGUUCCAAGGACUGAUGUGGAUGCUGUUGAAGCUCCAUUCCAGUUCAAUGUGACGAAACCGCUGCCCUCUUCGGCGUAUGCUCUCUGUUCAGCUCGAGGCCCUCACAAUGACCCGCAGAAGUCUAUCUACACCGUAGACGAUGAACGUCCUCGGGUCGAGUGUCUCCUCGUUGCAAACGACGAAAUAAUGGAGACGGGGAGCUUGGCAAUAACGAACGUGGAGCAAGAUUCGCAUUGUCACAUCCUCGAGUACGGUUUUAGUCGUCAGAUCCCCCUCGACCAGGCGAAGAACGUCCAAGAUGCUGUUAACCGCGUGGCGGAGUAUGUCCUAUCCAAUCCGGAUAUCGCAAAUGACCCCAACCAUGUCAUCGAAGGAUGGGGCUGGGACCAUGAGUCCUGGGACGAUCCAAAGUUUCCAACUGCCGCUGACUUGUCUUCUCAUCCAGUCCUUGCAAACAGACAGACUAUUCUAGCGAGCAAGGACGGUCACGCUAGUUGGGUAUCAACCGCGACUCUCCUCGCCAAUGGCCCGUACCCUCGCGACAUCGAUGGCGGUAUUAUCGUCAGAGAUAAAGCUACAGGAAAACCUACAGGCGUCUUCAUUGAUACUGCGCAAUCCUUGAUUGCACCUCCACCAAUCACCCCCAAGAUUCAACGACAGCGUUUUACCAACACCGUCAACGAUGUUUUGAGUGUCGGUCUCACCAGUUUGCAUGACGCGGGCUUCAAACCCGAGUCUCUCGAGUUCUUUUCUAGGCAGGCGAAGAACGGCGGCUUACCAAUCAGGAUAUACGGAAUGACGUGGUUCAACGCUUCAUCCAUUCCGUCCGACCCUUCGGCCUACUGGGGGGAUAGGACCCAGAAGAUUCGUGAUUCGGACGGACAGCAAAGGUUCAGCGUUAGGAGCGUCAAGAUCUUUGGGGACGGUGCCCUCAGAACUGCUGGUGCUGCUUUGUACGAGCCCUAUUCAGACGAUCCAUCCACCUCGGGUCAAAUGAGGUUCACCCCCGAAGUUCUGAACGAGAUUAUUCCCAAGUUCUUGAAGGACGGAUGGCAAGUUAAUGUCCACGCCAUCGGCGACCGGGCAAAUGGGGUGGUGUUGGACGCCUUCGAAGUCGCGUUGAAAGAAAUGGGUCUGGACAGCUUCGCAGACAGUCAAGUGCGACCUCGGUUGGAGCAUGCUCAAAUCAUUGCAGAGAAAGAUGUGAAGCGAUUGGGAAGGAUGGGAGUCAUCGCAAGCGUGCAACCCACUCACGCGAUAAGUGACAUGUGGUACGGAGAGGACAGAUUGGCCUUGCGCGGGAUGACGAUUGAACCUGCCUAUGCAUCUUUCACUGAGAAGAGGUUGGGAUCGUUGGAACCUGGCAAGAAGGCGGACUUUGUGGUUCUCUCGCAGGAUAUCAUGAAGGUUCCGGUCGACAAGAUUUUAGAGACCAAGGUUCUCGCCACCGUUAUAGACGGCAAGGUUGUUUACGGCGGAGUGUAA